AUGGGGAAGUCAAUUAUUAAGAUACAACGAACUGUCAGGGUUAAGCGUAAUUUCUCUAAGCAAGACGAUGAAAGACUCCUCAAGGCAGUUCAGCAAAAUGAAUUCAUUGAUUGGAAAGAGAUCGCACAUAAAGUUGGAGGAUGGUCGGCUCGUCAAUGCCGAGAGCGAUGGAAAAACUAUCUAGAUCCAGCUCUUUCACACGAAAAAUGGAAUGCAACCGAAGAUCAAAUUUUAUUAGAAAAAUUCGAAGAGUAUGGCACUAAUUGGGUAGAAAUUAAGAGGCACCUCCCUGGGAGAGCAGUUAAUGGUAUCAAAAACAGGCUUCAAUACUUGAAGAAACAUAGUCCUUUGCGCGUUGAAGAGUUCAAGCAAGAAGAAGCUUCAUUUAAUGAUAUUGACUACUAUCUUGACUUCCUAAAGAUAUCGAACCUUUCCAACUCCCAUGAUAAAAGUGACAUCUCAGCGUUUAAUUAA